CAUAUUCGCAGUGAACAAACAGAAAUCCUAAUGCCAGAGAAAGACAGACGAAGCCAGUGAGAGAAGAAGGUCACCUCUAGAGCAGUGAAGGAACGGGGGGUCAUACCUGAAGACUGAACUCUGGAAGUCUGGAAAUGGGAAUUCGGGAGGUCCUACUUUAAACGGAAGAAGACAUUUUGAUGCCAAACCAUUGAAAGACGACCAGGGAACACAGCAUUACUGAGAGUCACAAUGGAGAAACUCUCUGAAAAAGAUAAAGGUCUGAUCCGGGACAGCUGGGAGAGUCUGGGGAAGAACAAGGUGCCACAUGGAAUUGUUAUGUUCACGAGGUUAUUUGAGCUGGAUCCAGCACUGCUUACUCUCUUCAGCUACAGCACAAACUGUGGGGAUGCACCUGAAUGUCUCUCCAGCCCAGAGUUCCUCGAGCACGUCACCAAGGUGAUGUUAGUGAUUGAUGCAGCUGUGAGCCAUCUUGAUGACCUACAUACAUUGGAGGACUUCUUGUUGAACCUGGGCAGGAAGCACCAGGCAGUUGGGGUGAAGACUCAGUCCUUUACUAUGGUUGGAGAGUCCCUGCUCUAUAUGCUUCAGUCCAGCCUGGGUCCAGCUUACACGACACCGCUGCGCCAGGCUUGGCUCAAUAUGUACAGCAUCGUGGUAUCAGCCAUGACCAGAGGCUGGGCCAAGAAUGGCGAACAUAAGUCCAACUGAGAAGGAGGUAGAUGUGAGAUUCACACUGGAACACCCUUGAGGUCACAAACUAACUUCUCAAAAAUCCUUUCAAAGAGUGAGGGGCUUGGAUAUGGGACCACCAUUGGGAAAAUCAGUUCAGCUGAGUUGUAUUUUGGCUCACUGAACAGUCCUAACUUUGGUAGCUUGGUCUAACUGCAGACUGAGAUUGUUGAUAACGAAGCCUAUGAG